UCUUAUUCUGAAUCAGCCGCAACAAGAAUUUAGAGGUUUUACAGAACUUUUGAAGACAUUUUUAACUUUUUCUAAGCAUCACCUGCAGUCAUGGCACCGAUUUUACUGAACUGUGUGGGGAAUGACCACAAUGAAUAUAUCAAACAACAAGUCCAAGUGAAAAACCCCUACUUGGACACCAUGGAGGAGGAUAUUCUCUACCACUUCAGCUUGAGCACCAAGACUCACAACCUUCCAGAUAUGUUCGGAGAUAUUAAGUUUGUGUGUGUUGGAGGCAGCGCAAAUCGGAUGAAAGCUUUUGCCCACUUCAUGCACCAGGAGCUGGAACUGCCUGGAAACCCAGAGGAAAUCAAAGAUAUCUGUGAGGGAACAGAUCGCUACUGCAUGUAUAAAGUGGGACCGGUGCUCUCUAUAAGUCACGGCAUGGGCGUCCCUUCCAUCUCCAUCAUGCUGCACGAGCUCAUCAAACUGCUGCACCACGCUCAGUGCCGUGAUGUCGUCCUGUUUCGCCUUGGGACAUCCGGUGGAGUCGGUCUGGCUCCGGGGACAGUGGUGGUCACGGAUAAAGCAGUGGACUACUCCUUCCGUCCCCAGUUUGAGCAGGUGGUUCUGGGUAAAGUCAUCACCAGGAGCACCGAGUUGGACGAGGGAGUGGCCAACGAGCUGAUGCAGUGCUCCUCUGAGCUCGAAAACAUCCCGGCAGUGAUUGGAAACACCAUGUGUACCCAUGACUUCUAUGAAGGUCAAGGCAGACUUGACGGAGCUCUCUGCUCAUUCUCUCAUGAAGAAAAGCUGGAGUAUCUGAGGAAAGCUUACGAUGCCGGUGUGAGGAAUAUUGAAAUGGAGUCCACAGUAUUUGCUGCUAUGUGCCGUGUCUGUGGCCUCAAAGCGGCUGUGGUCUGUGUUGCAUUGCUGAACCGCUUCGAGGGAGACCAGAUCACCUCCCCUCAUGAUGUUCUGGUAGAGUACCAGCAGAGACCUCAGGCCCUGGUGUCCCACUUUAUCAAGAAACGCCUGGCACAGAGUGUCUGAGAAGCCUACGUCCCCAUUCCAACCCCAGCCUCUCAAAUAGAGUGUAUAUAGCCAAUAUGUGGAUAUGUAUAUACAUAUAUCUAUACUGUACUCUGCAUGUUAAUAUGUGUAUUAGACACUUAUUUAAAAAGUUGUUUUGAUUUCAUUGAUGAAGCUAAAAUAUUUUCUAUGUUGCACAUGUAUAUGUAAGUAUGUGUUGUGUCUUUUAAUAUUUAAUACUCUGGUAUUUAUGUAAGAUAACAAUAAUUUUCUAAAGAAAGUUGUCUUUUAUAAAGGUUUUUCUUCAUAUAUGCUUGUUAGCUCGGAAAGGAAGAACUUAGUCUUCCUUCAUGAUUUGUUUUAUGAUUUAAGAAGCUGAAGUGGGUCCUCCUACAAUGUAUUCAGUGAUGGAUGUGUCAUCAGAUGAGCAAAGAGUUACAUCACAUUUAGUUGCUUCUAAAUGUGGCUUGUUUAUGUAAAAAAAAAAAAAUCCUGAAAGUUACGUAAGCGGUCAAUAAAUGUUGAUAAAUGUGCAGGUCAUUUUCAUUUGUUGGAAGUAUGUUUAUCAUCACGCUGUAAUACUGUAUUUCUCAUGAGGUGCUGUAGAGUAUAAAACCUUUAAUAAAAUCAAUAACAGUUAUUGCA